UCAAAGCCGCUCGAUAUGAGAUACGCGCGGUCGGCCAGCAACCUGAGCAGCCACCCAACAAAGCCAAAACAGGAGAGUCAGGCGAGGAGUGUGUUGAGUCGGUGCUUGCCUCUGUCAACGCCAUGAAGGCAGAGGUCAUCGAGAGCAUCAAGGAGAUGCAAAAUGGCCCAUCCAAACCACCUACACAAGGGGCGAGACGCCCACCGUGGGACAGAAACAGGGGAGACGUGCCGACACAGCGGUCCUUUUAUGGCUACUGUGAUUGGUGCGAGAAGCAAGGCCACCGAUGGCGAGACUGUCGAGAAUUACAGCAGCUCGUGCGAGGCGCCAGACGGCAGCGCGGACACAGACCUACACCACAGACAACAGGGGCAAACACAAUCAGACUGGAGCCCAAUCAUGUAGCCCCUCCUGCUCUCACACCACCACCAGCUCACCUGCAGCUGGAAAACGAAUAGCUCCUCCGCAGUAGGGCCGGCGAGGGGACACAAUAGAAGGAGAGACCGCCCUACACACACCACACGGGAACCACCAAGUAGUCAGAGCAAUGCAUGCAGACACUGAUUUGUCGCUUACUGAUGGAGUGGUGCGUCAAGGUGAUGCGCUCUUGCAGGAGCCUGAGAGGACGUUGUCCAUGGCAGAAGCGUUGACUGGCCCCCACACUGACCGAGCACUCAGGAAUGAUAGGAAUGGGGUACAU